AUGUCGACUGCCAAGUCGAGGCCGUUCAGGAACGUGACGCAGGGCGAUGAUGAUGAUGCCUCAACCCCGCCAAUCCCUCAAAGAUGGAUCUCGGCCCGUCCACAUCGGCGCUGUCACACGGAUUAUUGUGCUCACGCGCGUACGUACCUCUUUCUGCGACGGCUCUUCCGCCGGCUGGACACGCAGAAUGCCCGCCGCAGUGGACGCGCGCUCGGACAAACAAAACCGGUGGCCCUUGGCCUCCCGCUCGCCGGUCGUUGGCUCGCAGCUGUCGGACAAGACGACGCGGCGCAACUCGUGUCUUCCUCUGCUGAUAUUGAGCCUUUCAUAGCUUCAUCGCCAUGCAUUUUCCUAUUCGUGGCCGGCACCGACUCAUCGGACCUAGUGCCAAACCUCUGCCGCCUCAUGGACCAGCCGCUGUACUGCCGGUGCGAUGUCGAAGAUUUCGCGGACGACGCCACGGACGUGUUCUGUUACGUCACCAGACCCAUAACUCCCGACCACGUUGUGUUCAACUCUUUUCGAGGCCACGCGUCCGUAGUUUCCUUGGGAUUCAACGCGCUGAACCUCAAGCACAAACUGACUUUCGUGCCCUCCGGUGCUCUGAGACACUGUUCCCGGCUGGAGCGACUGAAGUUCACGCAGUCGGACUUGGGUGCUCUCACACAUUCAUUCUACAACCUCACUAGGUUAGCGUGGCUUUCGCUGGAUUCGAAUGCCAUAACGACCCUGGGGAAAGAAUGUAUCGCCGACCUGCCGCGCCUGAAGAGACUCGAACUCGGAGACAACAAGCUGACAGUCGUCCCCGCCGGUUCCUUCCGCGGUCUUCCAACCCUUACUCAGGUCUUCCUCGAGAGGAACGAGAUCGAGAACGUCGAAGACUACGCGUUCAAGGAGCUUUCCAACCUCAGAGAGCUCGACCUGAGCGACAACGUCAUUGAGAACCUAACUGAGCGAACGUUCAAGGGCCUGUCGAGGGCCAUACGACUCGACCUGUUUCGCAACAAGAUCAGAAGACUCGGAGCUCGGGUGUUCAGCCCGAUGGCCGCGCUUGUCGAGCUUGACCUAAAGUACAACGGUGUCGCCGAAGUGGACCCCCUGGCAUUCGAGGGCCUGCCGCAACUGAACAUCCUCUACUUGGCGUUCAACAGGCUGCGCUUUCUUCCCGCCCAGAUGUUCGCGGGUGCUCCGAAUCUUCUGAGCGUUGACCUCUCCCAGAAUGAGCUGCUGACGCUCACUUGGAGGACGGUUGAAGACUUGAGAAAAAUUGACACCGAAUCCUUCCACAUGGGUCUUACAGGAAACAAGUUUAUCUGCGACUGCCGUCUCGCCUGGGUGCAGCGCCUGCAGAAUGUCACGCUGAACGGCAAGUUCCAUCGCGAACUGCGGGACAUCACCUGCUGCAAUGACGGAGCGUCGAGUAACGAGAGCUGCAGAACUCAAGUGGCCGGGCUAAGCCUAGCAGAGUUGCAGUGCCACGAGGAUUACGAACCCCAAGGGCUGCAUCGGCGACACAUCAUGACAAGGAGCGGGCGGAAUCCGGCGGUGCGUUAGAGGAAGUGGAUGACUUCAGCGCAGGUGCCAAGACCCGCCGGACGCGUCCGGUGUCCGAGCACACGACGGAAGACAGCGACGAUCGUGCGAAACCGAAAGGCGAGGCAGUGCAAGUGAGCGAGAAAGACGUUCCGGUGGUCCCGAUUAAUGCGAAGGCUGCGGCCAAUGAAGCAGUACUGUUCAGUGGUGGUAGUCUGGGCAACCUUGCUGGGCCGGCCUCCAGGUGCCUCACGGGUGUGGUAGUCUCGCGUCUUUUGCUUUGCCUAAGCCUUCAGUGUCUGAGCAAGUUGGUCUGACAAGGAGAGCGAAAGUGUCCCAUAUCGGUGUCGUGCUUGCUUUGUCAGUGUGCUACCGUUGCGGCUGGCCAGCUAGGCAACUUGGUGCCACGAGGCGGUGAAACAAUCGAUCACCAUCGAAGAUGACAAGAGUACUCAGCGCGGACGUUAUUUAACUACAUUUAUUGAACUACAGUUGAUAUGAACUACAGAAAUACUCAGAUAAACGAAUCAAAUGCAUCAACACCAGAAGUUUGUGAAGUGCUGAAGUCGAGAUGCACUGUUAAUAAGUAGCCCUUAGCAGAGACAAAUCGAACCAUGAUUACCCUGGCCUAUUUGAGACUACGUAGAAUCAACACGACUUCUGAAUUACAUAAACAUAAUAUAUUUCAUGAUACUUGCUUACCAACAAGUCACUCGGUACAAAAACACAUAAAGCAGAAGGAAAAAGCAAUAUAGCGCCCAACACAUGCUAAUUCAUGUAAAAUAAAGUGACAAGCGCACAA